AUGUCGAACCUACAAGAUACUCGAGCUCGUUUGGAGAAAUGCUGGACAGCUACCCGGUUGAACUCCAUCGCUGUACAGACUGUAUCUUUCCAGCCAAAAGAAUCGAAGAUCAAUCAAGAUCGACUGGUCACGGAGGAAUGGAAGAUACUUGGGCAGAAGUGGCUCUUCCUUGCAGUUUGCGAUGGCCAUGGUGGUACAGCGACCGCAGAAUACACCGCAAACAAGCUCCCAAAGCGCAUACGCCACGCACUACUAGACCUCAUCAGGGCUCAUGAUGGUCUGGAUCGUAACAAUGUUGUCCAGGCGGACAGUUCGGUCAGUGAGAUGCUGCAAACCGAAAUCCGGACUCUUGACAAGAGUAUAGGCCAAGCGGUAAAGAAGCUGUGUCCGAAUCCAGCUGAGCUUACCGAGGAACAAGCUCGAGCAUUGGUCGCAGAGCAUUCGGAGGUCCUGCAGCGUGCAUGGUGUGGAACGACUCUUGCCGCUGCAUUGAUCAACGUCACUCAUCGGUUUAUGUGGGCUGUUGGUGUGGGCGACUCUACGGUCGCAUUGUCCUCACUUGACUCUACGGGAAAGCGCGAGUCACAAAGACUAAACCCUCUACAUAACUUGGAUGAUCCGAAGGAAUUCUUUAGGGUAGCGAUGGCGCAUCCAUCGACAGAGAAGGGUAUCGUGAAGAGCGGACUCCUGUUACACUAUCUUCCGAUGACGCGUGCUAUUGGUGAUUUUGGGCUCAAGUUCGAGUCGGCAUAUGUUGACAAGCUAUUCCGCCAUGUCCCGAGCACACAUCGCAACUUCACACCCAUCAUCGAGCACAACAAGACCCCUCCAUAUGUCACAGCCAGACCGUCCGUGGCAUACGUCGACCUUCAACCUCUCUGGGACAACAAACCAAUUAUCACCCUUUUCUCCGAUGGUGUCGACAACAUCGUAAACGGCGCAGCCGUCUUCCGACCUGGUUCGCCUUCCACGACCGAGCCAAGUAAGGUCGUUUCCUCCCUACUCGAGGACACUAUCGACCCGUAUGUGGAGAAGGAACUCGGGCAUCCAAUUCAAUCAAAGUGGAAUGGCGAGAACGAGAAUAGAGCCGUAGAAGUUUUGGGCAAUUUGCUCGGAGGGACUAACAUUGAACGACUGGAGAUGUGUCUAGACCAGAGCCGGCUGGAUAAUCUGGAAGCAGAUCCUCCCUUUCAUAUCGACGACACCACCAUCAUAUUAUGCAACGUUUCCGAACUCACUCCGACGUACAAUUGACACCCGGCUGGUCGCUGAAGGACUUAUACUGUGUAAUACUAUACCUAUUUUUGCUCUCGGACAAAUGUACACAUUAUUGUUGCUCGGAUUUAACACAUCAUGAUGAUC